GACAAGUGUAAUUGGUGAAAACAGCAGUGGAUUCAGGUAGCGUCACUGAUGAACAGCAGCAUAUUAGUGCCAAUAGCAAGGGUUACGUACUAUUAACGUUUAUACAGGGACAGCAAGAUCUUCACAGAAUAUGCCAAGUCUAGUUUAGACUGUGUUUGCUUGAAAAAAUAGAGACAGCAGCUUCCUCAAAGUAAAAAAGCUGCAGGAAGUUCCUGUUCAGAUCUCUGGAAUAUUUCAUUUAAUCAGCACAACAGUAACUAGGAAAUGAUACAAUAUGGAUGUGAAAACGAGAUUAGUUACAAAAACAGACGCUUCGGGGGAUGUUAAAGUGCCGAUAUGGUGUUCAGCUCGCCUCAGUUUAGCAAUAUGGGCCUUCUUUGGAUUCUUUCUCUUGUAUGCACUUCGUGUGAAUUUAAGCGUUGCUUUAGUGGACAUGAUAGAAUCAAAUACAAGCAUGAGCAAGAAUAUCACCUCAAAUGUGUGCCCCGAGCAUUCUUCCACUCCAGUAGCUCCUCGUAACCCUACGGGAAAAAAAUAUGCUUGGGAUGCUGAUAUGCAAGGCUGGAUCCUUGGGUCCUUCUUCUAUGGCUACAUCUUUACCCAAGUUCCUGGUGGAUAUCUCGCACGCCAGUUUGGGGGAAAGCUGCUGCUGGGAUUUGGCAUCUUGGGUACUGCUGUUUUCACCUUGUUCACACCAUUAGCAGCAGAUUUAGGAGCUGGAUUCCUCAUAGCAGUCCGAGUUUUGGAAGGCCUGGGUGAGGGUGUCACAUUUCCAGCCAUGCAUGCUAUGUGGUCCAAUUGGGCUCCUCCAUUAGAACGCAGUAAACUUCUUAGUAUAUCAUAUGCAGGUGCACAGCUAGGAACAGUUGUGUCACUUCCCUUGUCUGGUUUAAUAUGCUUUUAUAUGGAUUGGAGUUAUGUAUUCUACAUAUUUGGUACUCUAGGUGUGUUGUGGUUCCUCUUCUGGAUAUGGAUGGUUAGUGACACGCCUGAAACUCACAAGACAAUUUCCCCUACAGAAAAAGAAUACAUUCUCUCUUCCCUUUCACAGCAGCUAUCUAGCCAAAAAUCUGUGCCUUGGGAAGCCAUGUUGACAUCUCUUCCACUGUGGGCCAUUGUUGUAGCACACUUUUCUUAUAAUUGGACAUUCUACACUCUCCUUACUCUGCUGCCUACAUACAUGAAGGAGAUUUUGAGAUUUGAUAUGCAGGAGAAUGGAUUUUUAUCUGCACUUCCUUAUUUUGGCUGCUGGAUUUGUAUAAUUGUAUCUGGUCAGUUUGCUGAUUAUUUACGGGAAAAGCAAAAUAGGUCAACGGUCUGUGUUCGCAAAACGUUUACAGCAAUAGGAAUGGUUGGACCUGCAGUAUUCCUCAUAGCAGCUGGAUUUAUAGGUUGCAAUUAUGAAGUGGCAGUUGUAUUUUUAACCAUAUCAACAACACUUGGAGGGUUUUCUACAUCUGGUUACAGUAUCAACCACCUGGAUAUUGCACCAUCCUAUGCCGGCAUCCUCCUUGGAAUCACAAAUUCAUUUGGUACUAUUCCAGGAAUGGUGGGACCACUUGUUGCUAAGGGUCUGACUCAUAGUAACACUAUAGGAGAGUGGCAGAUCGUGUUUUAUAUUGCUGGUGCCAUUAACUUAUUUGGAGCCAUUUUCUUUGCACUGUUCAGCAGUGGAGAAAUACAACCCUGGGCACUCAAUGGUUACCACAUGCAUAGGAACUAAAGGAACACUGGAGAGUAUCACAAAGCAUUACAGUCAUGUCAUUUGGAAUGCCUUUCGUGGGGAUCUCUAUAGAGCGAACUGAAUUCCUUCCCUGAAGUUGUAAAGACACUUUACAUUUUAAUAUGCUGAUUUUUGUAGUAAAAUGGGAUCCAAUCCAACAGAUCUACACUUUCAUUUAGUAGAUAUCUGAAGAUGUGGCACAUUUUAAUCAAUGUAUCUACUUUUUAAAUGUUUAUUUAUGAAAUCAAUGGAAUAUGAGUGAUUGUUAAAAUGGCAGUAAGUAGUAAAUGAAUGAUAAUGUAGAAAGAAGUGCAGAAUAUUUUUUCUGUUACCUUAAGAGUGAAGUUUGUUAGACUUGUUACUAUUUUACCUGUACUACUUUUCUUGUCCUAUUAAUUUGAAUAAGCAAAUGGAAAUUAAAUUAUAUGUUCUCUAAAAAA